UAACGAAAUAUAAUAAUUAUAUUCUUUUAUUGUUGAGAUUUUUAAAUAAAAAUAAGAAACAAUGCGACCUGUCUCAAUUUGUGUAUUUGUGAUUUGUUUAUGCGUGGUUGUUCAUGGCACAAGCAGUAACACAGUGGAUUCAGAAACACCUCAAUGGAAAACAGAUAUGAAUCGAAUGGUUCUUCAGUCAAAUGAAAUAUUGACACCCACUCAAGAUACCAGAAAUAAUGAAGAUCAUAAUGAACGAAGUCAUGAAAAGAAUUUCGAUCGAAUUCCUCCUCGCUACAGAUAUAGAAAUAAUAAAAGAGAGCGUUAUUAUCCGAAACCAUUGCAUAAAAAUAAGCAUAAUCAAAAAAAUCGACAAAGGUCAAAUUCACAGCCAAAUGUACUGGGUCGUUUGUUAAAUCCAAACGAAUAUCCUCCCAAUUGGAAUGGUGGCUACUACAAAUAUCAUCAAGAAGGUCGUGCAGUUGUACCACAUAUUGGCGCAAAUAUAAAUGUUCCAAUAACCAGAGGAAAUUUUCGAGCACACCGAAAUAAAAUUAUAACGUCAGUCAUAAAGCCCGGUGAUGAAUGGAAAUAUGCUGAUUUAUUAGAUAAACGGUCAUCUGAAACAUCACCAAUAAAACAAUCGCAUUAUCGCCAACGUGAUCCAACAUAUUCAAAUGAUGAUCCACGAAUCCAUAAAAGGAAACAUAAAAAACAUUGUGUUAUGUGUCCUGAGGAAAGAACUCUAAUAACCAAUAAAAAACGGGAUAAAGUAUUAUUUGAAUCACCAAAAUUAAGAUCCUGCUUAGGCCGUCCUUUGAAUUCGAAAUACUCUUUCAAAUCAAUAUAUGGAGCAAAACCAGGCGAUUUAUUAUCACCUGGUACACAUGCAUUGGUUGGUGAAAUUCAUUAUUUAAAUAAAUCAUUACAAAUAUGUCAUUUACGUGUAAAUGUCAUCACUAAACAAUGUGAUAAAUUUGAUAUACCGUCCAACUUGAAAAUGGAUUGUGAUGCUGGAAAUAAUUGGGGAUCUGAGUGUCAAUUUCAAUGUGAAAAUCCAUCGCAUAUCCUAGAUGGGGAUAAUGGAAUGUUUUGCAAUGACGAUUUAAAAUGGGUUGGAAACGUUCCAAAUUGUAAAAAAAAAACUAACUCAUGUGAUAUUCCAAUAACUGAUCUUCAUGUUCAAUUAUUAUGUAAUACAACAGAAGUAAAUUCAGAUACUCUAGAUAACGACGCUGAAGAAGGUUCGAAACUACCGCAAGGUACACGAUGUCGUGUUGAAUGUGAUCGUGGAUAUAGAACAACACCAAGAAGUUCAAGUGCAGUUUGCAUUCAAGGUGAAUGGCACGGGAAUUUAUCAGUAUCAUGUAGACGAUAUCGCAGGAAGGCACAAAGAUCGUUAAAACGAUCAAUGAAACGACGAAAAAUUCCAUUUUUACAUUCAGAUGGAAUUUCUUAGACUGAAUAAUUUUUUUUUUAAAUGUUAGUUAUAAAAAUUUUGUGUCAUGAAUUAUUAUUGUUAUUAUAAUGAGCCUGACCUAUCCACAAAAAAAUAAAAUUUCAAAAUAAGCAUUUUAAAUUCAUAAGAACGCACCCUAAUAUUUGUAAAUAUCUCAUAGUAUUAUGUAACUCGUUUUUUAGGAAAAAAUUAAUUUGCUUAUGUUUAAAUUACAUUUAACUUGAAACUUGAGUGAGUGGCUUCUUUUUGGUGAGUCUAAACUUCUCUCUGCGACCAUUUUCGAAAGGGCUGCGUUCUUAAAUGAGCACGAUAACGUCAUAUUUCAGUAGACUCGCUUAGAGGAAGCCACUCACAAAGUAUGUAUUAAUCAUUUAACAAAGCAUCCUUUCUGCCCCACGGUAUUAGUGAUAAUUAAAUUUGCAAAUAACGAAAUGUCCGAGCCCACACUAAAAAAAACCGAAACUGUAUAGUAAAGCACGUACGGGUGCAUCAGGCGGGAAAAAAUUACGGAUUCAAUUCUUUGCAUAUUCCUGUUCAAAUUCAUUUAGUACAAGAGACGUAUAAGGUCGAUUUUCAUCUGAUAACCAGAUGAGACAUUUUUUUCGAAAGAACGUGAAAUUCUCUUCAAAGAGUUUCUAAUUCUUUUCGUAUUUUUUGGGAAUGGAGUAAAACACGAUUUGUUAUUUUCUUUGUAUAGAAAGCACCCGUAAAACUUUCAACAAUUUCAUUUUACUCAUAAUUUCACAGUGUUGAUAUUUAUUAGCUUGGGGAGGUUUAAUAUUUUUAAUUUCAUAAAUAGUUUGAUAUUUAAAUUCAGGCUACUUAUUCUGAUUUCAGAUAAAAACAAAAAACCGUGUAUAGGCUUUGUGCUUAAAAAUUGUACAAAACGGAAAUUAUAUUAAUAAUUUUAUAAUAAUAUGUACUAACAAUGUUGAAAUAAUGCCAAAAUAACUAAAAAUGAACACCGAAUACCAGAUCUCUGGGAUUAGACCCAACAUUUUCAUGACUUAUAUUUCUUCGUUCGCUUAGUUUACAAAGGUUAAGAUUGAAAGAAAAUUCAUUAAGUCAUUGUUAUUAUUUUUGUAAAGCUGUAAAAAUAACAAUAAUUCGUAUAAACUUUAGAAAUUAAUUCUUCCUUAAUUACAAAUAUACUUAAUUUUUAGAACUUCUAUAUCCUGUUUUUGUUAAUUUUCACUCUUGCUAUUUAGAAGAAAUUCAAGUUUUAUAGUUUCCAUGCUUAUUUUAAGGAAAUUACUAAUUUGUUAUAUAUUACUGAAAUUGUUUAAUAAGGUCAAUCUGAAUUUAUAGUUAAGAUAAUACUGGCCAAGCCGAUCUUAAAACCGAUUCACAAAAUUCAAAAACGUCCUUACAAAUUCUGUUUAAAAAAGCUAAGAAUAAAUAAUUGUUAUUAAAAUUUAAGAAGUAUUUUGUGAAUUAACUUAAACUUUGGUAUCAUUGAUGAAUAUUUAUUUUUUUACAAAGCCCCAAUCAACUUAACGCAAUAAAAAUAGGAACUUUGGAAUUUUGAAUAUUAUUAUGGUAAGAAAAUU